UUUAUUUUGUAGUUUGUCUUCAAUUGGUUGUUUUUUAGUAGGUGAAGAAUUUGUAUUUAAAGAAGGUUUGGUGGUGUUGUUUUCUUCGGGUAUUUUAAAUGUUUUUUUGGCAACUGGAGGGGGAAUUAUAUUUUGUUUUUUGGGAGGGGAUUUGGGGGGAGAUUUGCUUAGUUUUCUUGUUGUUAGUAUUUGUUUGUCUGUUGAGUUUGUGUUUGCCUUUAAAAUUAAAAAAAUUAAUAUUUAAUAAAUCUAGAAAAAUUGAAAAAAAAGAAAAUUAA